AUGCUGUGCGUGCCGCUUGGGCCGCCUAACUUAGAGUUGGUCCACUUCCUCUUUUGUGCAGCGGACUGGAUCAUCCGUAAGAGCUGCAGAAGGGGUUCGCAGGAAAGGGGAUUUCCUACGCCCGACAGCAUUAUGGCGGCUGAACCGUGCCAGCGUGGAAAGCCGCAGGCGGCGGUCAGCGGCCGCUUUGACAAAAAAGAUUCUGGAAGAUAUGCUAAUAAACCGAGGCGAUUUCUUAUGACGACUCUAUUCCAUCGACGGGACAUUGUUAUCACCCUCGCCCUAAUCGUCGCUUUGGUUACCAUCCAACCUUCAAUUCUUGUUGCUGCCCAACGUGGUGAGCGAACAUGCAUGCUAGAAGAUGGGAGGGUGCUGCAGCCUGGAGAAGUGAUGGAACAGUCACGCUCUUGCAUGGCCUGCAUCUGCAACGGCGAUACAGGAGAGGUGGACUGUGAACGCCAGAAUUGCCCCGAUCUCGACUGCGGUCCAGAGGGGACGCAACCAGCAGAACCCGGGGAGUGUUGUCCUCGUUGUAGACGUAAGCUUCAAGCCAUUCGAAAAACAUUUAAAGUGAACCAUCCCCAGUGA